AUGAAUCUUGACCAUAUUAAGCGAGGAAAGGAAUUUUACAGCCAGAUUGGGCGUUCGUGGAAGCGAGCCUACCUUCUUCACGGCCCACCUGGAACGGGGAAAUCAAGCCUUGUGCCCGCUAGGAAUGAUUUGUACGACCUCGAGCUCACUCAGGUGAAGAACAAUGAAGACAUCGAUUUCUCACUGCAUCUAACUGACAGGGUUUCGAGGCUUUCUGCCAACGAUGAAGAGGAGAAGAGUAGCAGCAAAGUUACUCUGUCUGGUUUUCUCAAUUUCAUAGACGGAUUGUGGUCUUGCUGCGGAGAGGAGCGUAUUAUUGUGUUUACGACAAACCACAAGGAUAUGCUUGAUCCAGCCCUGCUCAGGUGUGGGAGGAUGGACAUGCACAUUCUGCUCUCUUUCUGCACUUUUCCUGCAUUUAAAUCUCUUGCUUUCAAUUAUUUGGAGAUAGAGGAUCACCCGCUCUUUUCCAUCGUGGAAGAGAAGAUGGGAUGCGGGGCUGAGAUGACUCCUUCAGAUUUUAUAGAAGUUCUGAUCAAUAAAAUGGACGACCCAGAUGAAGCUUCGGCUGAUUUGAUGUCUGUGCUGGAUGGAAAGAAAAGCAUUGUAAUUCCAGACCUCGAGCGUGCGCAAUUUGUUGCGCAUGGUGUAAUUAAAAGUUUUAACGACGUGUACGGUAAAAUUGUCGUUUUGAUAGCGAGACGGCGCUUAGAGUCUCUAUAA